GAUACAACAACAAUAACAACAACAAAGAUGUCAGAUAUUGGUUGGGAAAGAAUGAUGACUGCUGUGAUUGCGUUCACGACAAACUUGUCUUGUAUACCAUUGGGCUACGAGUGUAUUAGACGUGGACAUGCUUAUGAGGCCGUGAUUGGAGCUGCUUGUGCAAUCUCAUCGAUGAUGUAUCACGUUGGCGAGAUAUAUGAGAAGACGGCCUGGUUCCAAAUGUCAGGCCUCAACGCAGACAAGUGGCACAGACUGGACAACAUCUUCACGAUCCUGUCGUUCCAGGCGAUGAUGUUCUACCUGAUGGAGUACAACCAUCCGCAGAUCGUCGACCUGCUGCGAUGGGUGUUCUUGGUGUUCACAUUGUACUGCCAGAUGCGCGACCCCUGGAACCUGCUGUUCACCAUCCUCCCAAUCUUGCUGUCGGUGUUCCUGUUGGUCUGCACGCACAUCUACAAGCGACGUGUUCCAGAAUGGUUGAAGACGAGACAUUUUAUGUAUGGCGUUGGCACGCUCUUGGUGGCGGCCUUCUUCUUUGCUCGUGGCUUGGACGAUGAGAAUGACUAUCUACGCAUCAAUCAUGGCAUCUGGCAUUUACUCGUUGGCUUUGCAUUCUGGUUCAUCUUCCAGUCGCGGUCCAAGCAUCUCAAGAGCCAUUUACAUGUAAGUCGUCGGCAUCGAGUCGGUGAAUCAUCACCAUCCUACAAG